AUGUCUUUUAUACCAUUUUUCGAAAAUGACGAUUCUCGCUGGCAAGCAGUGCAGGAUCGAGACAUAAACUCUGACGGGUUGUUUGUCUACGCAGUCAGAAGCACAAAAGUAUUUUGCCGACCGGUUUGCAAAUCUAGGCAUCCUCGCCGGUCCAAUGUUUCGUUCUAUGCGACAGGAAAGCAAGCACAGCUAUCAGGCUUCCGCCCAUGCAAGCGUUGUAAGCCGGAAUUGGAAGGUCUCAUGCCAGAGGAAACGGCGGUGCAGAAAAUUCGCGAAUUCUUACAGGAGUUGGAAAGAACAGCAGCCAAUAACGAGGACUCUUGUCAACUCAGCUUGAGUCAGAUGGCGAGGCAAGCCAAAGUAUCCAAAUGGUACUUUCACAGAGUAUUUAAAAAAUCCGUUGGCGUGACUCCAGUGCAGUACUUAAAGAUAUGGCGAGACACGAUGCAUUCACAGAAUCGGAUUGACAACAACUGCUUGAAUUGGCUUGAUCAACCAACCCCCAGCACCCCAAUGUCCCAAGCGAGAUGGAUGAAAUAG